GCUUUGGAAUGUCCUGUAUCAGAGCAAGGAGUGCCCCCUACAGGCCCUCACACAAGGGCGUCUGGUAGCAGCCGGAGGCUUACUGGACAGAUGCAUCGACAAGUGUAUGCUAAUGCAGGCUUGCCUUACAGCGCACACUUUGUUGAAAUAACACCUCUCUCGCUAAACAUGCAGCCUGGAAAUAUUAUAUUAGCCUCACAGUCUGUGAUUGUGGUGGCAAUAGUUAAACUAGGUUGUGACUAGAUUGGCUACAGCUACGGACGGAAGUGAUGCAUAAAUAGCCGAAAUUUAAAAUGUUUAGUUGUUUCUGAGUGAUUUUUUGCAUUUUAACUAACCCUAACCCUAACCCUUUUCCUAACCGUGACCUAAUUGUCCUAACCUGCUGUGCCAUUUAUGCUAACCUGCUGUGUAGGGUGGCACGAAGCCUAGCGGUUUAGAGCGUUGGGCCAGUAACUGAAAGGUCGCCUGAAUGGACUAGGGUGAAAAAUGUUCCCAUGAGCAAGGCACUUAGCCCUAAUUGCUCCAGUAAAUCACUCUGGAUAAGAAUGUCUGCUAAAAUGUAAACGUGUAAAUUGUCCGAACCUGCUACGAAAAGUAAAUUCUGUAUACGCCAUGUAAUUGUUAUCGUAUAACAUUUUGAUUAACACACUGUACCUACGCGUAGCCUGCCCCUUCCCCAAUUCAAAUCUGCUUGCGUGCUUGCGUAUGACGCGGCUGGCCACGAGACGAGAGUUGAAUAUGGGGGGACUUUAUGUUAUGCAUGUGGUAAAGUUUCAUUCGGAGCUAUCACUGAUAGUAGCUAGCUAACGUUACUGCUGUAGCAACUAGCUACAGUACUCUUCUAAUUUCUACCAAAUUGUAGCCUAGCUGGUGUGGUGACUGAAUAAACUAAUUCUUGUCACACCUCAAUCAACUGAGUGAGUAACAUAUACUGCAAAAUCUAUUUGCGUGGUAUGUCAGGGGAUAUUCAUUGUUUUUUGUUGCUCAUAAUGACGACUACAGUAGUUGGCUGGCCCACUGCAAAUGCGAAAGUGGUUAGGAUUUGUUUUGAUACGAAGGAACAGUAAACCCAUCAACUACAGUUACUUAAGGAACAUUUAGGAAAUAGUAACAGGACUUUGUUUUUUUUGUUUGAGCUAUCAAAUAUCAGCCAUGCCUGCCAGUAAUCUUUUUGAAACGUUAUAGCUAGACGAUAGCCUCACAGCCAUAGUAAUAAGAAUGAUAAUAUUCAUUCUUAAUUCUAUGCUCACCACAUUGAGAUUGUCGCCCUGCAGAUUCUGGCUAGCUAGCUAGUUACAUGGAAGCAUCUGAAUAUCUCCUAUGCAAGUGGAAAGGCCACCACUGGCCAGCUAAGGUUUUGAGAAGGGUGUGCAAUUCCAAGAGGAAGAAGGAUAUGGAAGUGGAAAUGUUGGGAGAAGGUCACAGAGUGUGGGUGCAGCAGAAGGAAACGCAAGCCCUGACCCAAGAAUGCAUCGAGAGCAUCUCUGGACAUCUGAGUGAUCAUGCUUACAAAAGGAGGGACCCAAUAAGAGAAUUGAAAUACCGGAGAGCACUGCGCUUGGCAUUGGAUAUGUUCCCCUCAGGAGAGACGAGCAGCACUCUGGUGUUAGGAGACCCCAGAACAUCCGAAAAGGGAAGAGACCAACAGUUGCCAUCGGCGCCUGAAGAGCAAGAAACGAGAGCAAGACGCGUCAUCCGAGCAAAUGAGCCUCAGUCUGAGGAAAACAACGAUUGUGCCUCUCAGAAAACAAGUCCGGGUGCAGCUCAAGAGAAUGUCACUGUUCACAUGUCCUUCGACGAACAGAAGGACAGUAGUCUGGAGGACGAGGAGGAUGAUGACCUACCCAGUUUCACUUCACCGACGAAAACCCUAUCCAUCACAAAGGGAGCUUGUGUCUGGUGUAAAUAUCGACGUUGCCCCUUCUGGCCUGCUAUGGUCAUGUAUGUUUCCCGCAAAGAGAAGAAAGCCAGCGUCGUGUUCAUCAACACAUUUCUUUUCACACAGAAGAGGAAGGGUGUCAAGGUCUCCUUAAAGAAUAUCAAGCCCUUUGACUGUGAGGAGUCAAAUGAGUUGGUGGACAAAGCCAAGGAGAAAUAUGGUACUGCCAUCCACUAUUGCCUGAAGCUUAUUGGGGACUAUAGAAUUCGCCUUGGUUGUGGUUCAUUUUCCGGUUCCCUCGUUGAGUAUGUUGCUGAUGACAUCAGCAUCCCUAUGAGAAAGCUGUACCUUCUCGGCCCGUCUGACAGUUACCUGGCCUCGCCAAGUCAAGACAUGGAGGACCAGAGAAGUUACCAGGGGACUCCGGAAGACCAUGCGACCACCGAGGGCAGUGACCAGGAGCCACAGGUCUCCAAGAGACUGCUACCUGACCGUGCCAAGGCUGCACGGGACCGGGCCAACGACAAACUACUGCAGUUCAUCGUCGAUAAAAGAGGCGUGGAAAGGCACUUGCAGGCUAUUAUCAGCGGUCAGGUGGUGUCCAAGUGGCUGAAGGCCUUCCGCAAGGCCAGUGGUCAAGCAGUGGACCCCUACUUUGAGACGGACCAGCAGGUGGAGCAGGUUUUCACUUACCUCAGGAGCAUCAUGGAGGACACCUUGCCAAGUCUGCCAGAGUUGGAUCAGAUCCGCUUCAUCCUCGAAGUGCUCUUACCAGAGGCUGUCAUUCAUGGAAUCUCGGAGGUCGAAAACAUAUCCCUGGUUAAGGCCGAAGAGAAAUACUCACAAGGGCCUGGCAUCAGUAAUAGAGAGCGAGAGGAGUUUGACCUUAUGAUUGUGCAGCAGAUGAAGAAAAGGCACUGCAGAAAAGAUAAAGAAUAAGAAGGGUUGUGUGUUCUGUUUCGGGUUUGCAUUGGUUAAUGCCACUAGUGUUUAUAUUGUUCAUAGGUUAUGUGUUUAUAGGUUACAUACUCUUUUUAUUUUUCAAUACAAUCAUUUGUAUACUGAACAAAAAUAUAAACGCAAUAUGCAACAAUUUCAAAGAUUUUACUGAGUUACAGUUCCUAUAAGCAAAUCAGUCAAUUGAAAUAAAUAAAUUAGGCCCUAAUCUAUGGAUUUCACAUGACUGGGAAUACAGAUAUGUAUCUGUUGGCCACAGAUACCGUUUAUAAAAAUGGUAGGGGCGUGGAUCAGUAUCUAGUGUGACCACCAUUUGCCUCAAGCUGCGCGACACAUCUUCACAAAGUUGAUUAGGCUGUUGAUUGUGGUCUGUGGAACUCCUUUUCAAUGGCUGUGUGAAGUUGCUGGAUAUUGGCGGAAACUGGAACACGCUUACACGAUCCAGCGCGCCCCAAACAUACUCAAUUUCUGGUGAGUAUGCAGGCCAUGGAAGAACUGGGACAUUUUCCAGGAAUUGUGUACAGAUCCUUGCGACAUGAGGCCUGUGCAUUAUUAUGC